UACAGAUCCACAAGUAACAGGGAUAACUGGAACCCAUGAGAGGCAAAACUCACAGGAGCAGUGCGGAUGUUUGGUCGGGGAAGGCAGAUUUGUUCGGGGAUCUGAAGGAGCAACUUUGUCCGGCUGAAGAGAAAAGAGGACCUCUCGGGAGCUCAAGAUGUUGACCAUAAAACUACCGCAGCUCUUCAGCAUCCAUCAGAUGCCUCGGGUAUUCUGGGAAGAUGGGAUCAUAUCUGGGUACCGGCACCCCAAGAGCUCCGCCCUGGACUGCCUGCUCAGUUCCUUCCAAAUGACCAAUGAAACUGUGAAUAUCUGGACCCACUUCUUGCCCACCUGGUAUUUCCUUUGGAGGUUCCUGCUUCUCUCCUACACCCUGGACUUUUGGGGUCACUCCUAUAACUGGCCCCUUCUGGUUUACAUGAUGCUCAUCUGCCUGUACCCCUUCACCUCCAGCUUUGCCCACACGUUCAGCAGCAUGUCCGCCCACGCCCGCCACAUCUGCUACUUCCUGGACUACGGAGCCCUGAGCCUUUAUAGCCUGGGCUCCGCCUUCACGUACAGUGCCUACACCAUGCCUGACCGCUGGAUCAACAGCGCCCUCCACCGAUACUUUGUGCCCGUCGCAGCCUUCAACACCUUCAUCUGCACAGGACUGUCUUGCUACUCCCGGUUCCUGGAAGUGGAUCGGCCGCGGAUCAGUAAAGUCCUGCGCACGGUGGCGUUUGUGCACCCCUUUAUGUUCGACAAUAUCCCGCUGUUUUUCCGGCUGAUAUUUUGCUUUGGAGAAGACUGUAACUGGAACGAGGCGAUCCCCCUGCACUUCUACCACCUGACCUUGGCUUUUCUCACUGGUUUCCUGUUCGCCUCCCAUUUGCCAGAACGCCUGGCGCCCGGCCGCUUCGACUACUUUGGCCACAGCCACCAACUGUUCCACGUCUGCGCUGUGCUGGGCACUCACUUCCAGCUGGAGGCGGUGCUGUGUGACCGAGCCUCUCGGGAGGCGUGGCUAGCCGUACACUCAGAAGAAGACUCUCUGGCCUGUACCCUGGGGGUCGUGGCCACCGCCCUGGCGGGGAACCUCAUCCUCAUCUGUUUCUUCACUGCCACCCUGAUGUGGUCUCCACGGGCCAACUCCAUUCUCCACAAUCACAACCCCGGCAAUGGCAAACUGAAGGAAUGCUGAGGCACCCGCUGCCCCCCGAGAUGUUGCCAUUUGGGCUCUACUGGCCCACGGCUAGUGUCAGUCUGUACGGCCCUAGCCAUAAAGUGCAGCCUCCUGUAGAGAAAGGAUGUCCCGCUGUCCGGCCAAUGUAUUGGGAAACAGGCCGAGCCUGAGCUUGGAAAACGAUAGCACUUGUGUAUAGUAGUACUGAGUAUGUUUCACUAAGCACCUUCAUGGAAUUGUGGGUAAUUAUAGGACCAUAAACACGGCAAACGUUCCGCCUUUAAAGGAUAAUUCCAAUUGGGUGGCAUAAUCUGUGUUAAGAACUACAGGAACUGCCCCCUGGGUAAGUGAAUCGAAUCCACCCCUGUAUUUGCCCGGGUGUAGAGCUCUGAUUCUCUCUACUUCCUGCUUCUGGGCUGCUCUCUUUCCCACAGGCAGGGGCGGGGCUUUUACUAAAAGGGGUUAGAAGCACAUAGUCGUGGCAAGCUCUUUCUGUUGGUGGAAGUUCUAUCUUCUUGGCCAAUAGCAUUCAAUGCAAUGGGGAAACCACCUCAUUUAGGAGAAAAACUCUGCCCCACUUCCUGUCCAUGGGAAAGAGAGCAGCCCCCAAACAAGAAGGACAUAGAUGUAUGUGUCUAGGUAUGUCCCAGGGUGGAGAUGAAGUGCUCAGAAGACAUAAGGAGUCUCCUAGUGAUUGAUGGGCCCUAGUGAGUUGUCGAUGAGUGGAACGGAGCCCCAGAGGAGGUGGGCUGUAUUUAGGAUUGAACUGGGCAUAAAGAUUUGGGGGAUUCAUUGGAUUGCAGAGCUUUUCUGCUGCAGCUGCUCCCAGGAUUGACAGGGCCCGUGCCCCAAACACCCGAGGAAUUAAGGUGGUACUGCCCCGUCAUCUGAUUUACUAGAAUGUUCCAAGGAAGUGUAAGUAAUGGACCCGAUGUUUGUGGUUCUAGUGGGCCGGCCCAAACGUGGGCUGGUGUAGGUGUUGGACUCUUCCCUACCAUAAUGAAGGCAUCUCAGACCCCCGCUGUCUAGCUGGGGGUGUAAUUGAGGUAGAGGGAAUAAUUAAAGGGGAAAUUGGCAUGUGACUAUUGGGGUCAGAUUAUAUAGAAGGAUCUGUGUGGUGUUGGUUCUGCUGCUGUUAUACGCUGUUACUCUGGGUAUAUAUAUAAAUAAAUCUAAUUAUAUAAAUGUAGUGACCUGCAAGGGGGCAGCCAUGGGCAGUUUAGGCAAAGUUAAAGGAACAGUGUCGUCUCACGUCUCAAUACAAUGUGGCAUCCCAAUUUGGGGACGCUGUGCUUUUAAAAGCCGCUGCAUUGGUGUGUGUUGUGCUUCCCUCUAGUGUUCAACAGUCGGUACUACAGGUUUGUGUAUUCUGGGCAUUUCUCUACAUUGCCACUCGACCAUACUCAGUACUACUAUAUACCGAGCACGUUGUCAUGUAUUCAUGGGGCGAUGCAAACGGGACCACGUUGAGCCCAGAAUGAACUUGCCCCCCCCCGCCGCUGCUGAAUGUAUCGUUACUGUUACUAAUAUUAGUAUUUUUGGGUGGAAUUCCCUAUAUAACAGGACUAACUGCACUUUUUCUAGUGAUUUCUAGAUCAUAUUCCCCCUAACCCAAUACAUUCCUGAGCCGGGGCCCAUGCACCGUCUGUUACGACUACUGAGGAGCACACGACACCCCAUUCCUGUCUCUGUUUUUGUUUUGAUGGAGCACAUGAAGGGGGUGUGGCCUCAUGCCAAGGUCAGCUCCAUCUCUCCUAUGAGCUCUGUAACCCCUGACUUGCUGCUAAUGCCUGUACCAUAUUGUCUCUGGACUCCCAGUACAACUCCCGUGACCCUUUAUACACGCAGGUUUAACUGCGCCAGCACCGGGGUAUCUGCCACUUACUACAGGGGCAGCUUGUUUUCAUUCAUACAGAUGUUACUGCGCUACAACCGCCCUUGAUUAUAUGUCAGGGGAUGCUGGGAGUUGUAGUCCAGCAACAUGUGGUGACUCAGGGGCCCUAUAGGUACAGCUGGUCUCCCAGAAUCCCCUAUAUGAAGCUAUAUAACCUCUAACUAACCUCAUGAUAUCAGACAUUAUAUACUACCUUUCCCUGUUAACCCUUGCAGAGGGAAGAGGCAAGUCCCUUUAAUUUAACCCUUAUCCUAAUAACCAUCAUGUGUUUUGUAACAAGGUUUGUAUUGGAAUCAUUAGACAUAACUGUAGAUAAGAAGCCACUGACUGAAAUAAACUUGUUAGCACUA